GCGUGAGGAUGUGUGGGCAUGGCUUUCAGGCUCCCUGUUGCCAAGGUUACUGGAUAGCACCACCCUAAUGCAGGAAACAGGAAGUGUGCUCCUAGGCACACCCAGACUACGACAGAUACGAGACGUUAGUCUGUUCUCUCCAGGUUCCAUCCAUGGGGCAGGAGCAGCAGGCUGGGGAGAGGGGUUGACUGCCUCAGCAGUACACAGGAAGCUGACCCAGAACUGGACCUUACACACAGCUGAUGACAACGGAGCGUGGCGUUGGGGUCAGGUGAUGGUGUACGGGAGCGGAGGUUUCGUCCAACAGCUGAACAGGAACAUAGAGGAGACCAGAACAUCACUACAGCACCUACAGCAGUUACACUGGAUGGACCACAUGUAA